AUGCCGGGAGCCCCUGGAGGAGGCCCGGGCCCUGGCCCAUCCCCUGUGGACAGGUGGACGCUCGUGGUCUUCAGCUUUAUUAUGGCAACGGCUUUGGGCCAAAUGAAUUUCACAGGAGACCAGGUUCUCCGAGUCCUGGCUAAAAAUGAGAAGCAGCUUUCAGUUCUCAGGGAUCUGGACGGCCUGAAGCCCCAGAAGGUGGACUUCUGGCGUAGCCCAGCCAAGCCCAGCCUCCCUGUGGAUAUGAGAGUUCCUUUCUCAGAGCUGAAAGACAUCAAAGCUUACCUGGAGUCUCACGGCCUUGCCUACAGCAUCAUGAUAAAGGACAUCCAGGUGCUGCUGGAUAAGGAGAGAGAAGCCAUGGCCAAGUCCCGCCGGUUGGAGCGUAGCACGAGCAGCUUCAGCUACUCCUCCUACCACACCCUGGAGGAGAUCUAUAACUGGAUGGACAACUUUGUAACUGAGUAUUCAGAUAUUGUCUCAAAAAUUCAGAUUGGCCACAGUUUUGAAAAUCGGUCCAUUCUUGUCCUGAAGUUUAGCACUGGAGGUUCUCAGCGCCGGGCCAUCUGGAUCGACACUGGAAUCCACUCCCGGGAGUGGAUCACGCAUGCCACUGGCAUCUGGACGGCCAAGAAGAUUGUCAGUGACUAUGGCAAAGACCGCACCCUGACAAACAUACUGAAUGCCAUGGACAUCUUCAUGGAGAUUGUCACCAACCCUGAUGGGUUUGCCUUUACCCACAGCAUGAACCGCCUGUGGCGGAAGAACAAGUCCACCAGACCUGGCAUGUUCUGCAUCGGUGUGGAUCUUAACAGGAACUGGAAGUCGGGCUUUGGAGGAAAUGGUUCUAAUAACAACCCCUGCUCUGAGACUUACCGUGGGCCCUCCCCUCAGUCGGAGCCAGAGGUGGCAGCCAUAGUGAACUUCAUCACCACCCACGGGAACGUCAAGGCUCUGAUCUCCAUUCACAGCUACUCUCAGAUGCUCAUGUACCCUUAUGGCCACUCUUUGGAACCCGUUCCAAACCAGGAGGAGUUGUACCAGCUCGCCAAGGACGCAGUGAAGGCCCUGUAUGAGGUCCAUGGGAUCGAGUACAUUUAUGGCAGCAUCAGCGCCACGCUCUAUGUGGCCAGCGGGAUCACUGUGGACUGGGCCUAUGACAGUGGCAUCAAGUACGCCUUCACCUUCGAGCUCCGGGACACGGGGCGCUAUGGCUUCCUGCUGCCGGCCUCCCAGAUCGUCCCCACGGCCCAGGAGACGUGGCUGGCGCUCCGGACCAUCAUGGAGCACACCCUGCAGCACCCCUACUAG